AUGCUGUCUUAUAUUGGCGUUUAUAAAGCCAUAUAUGACUAUGAUGCACAAGCGGAAGAAGAAUUGACAAUAAAAGCUGACGAUCUUUUAUAUUUAUUAGAAAAAUCAGAUAUUGAUGAUUGGUGGAAAGUGAAGAAAAGAGUUAUUGCAUCUGGAGACGAAAUAGUUGAUGAGCCUCAAGGUUUGGUACCUUCUAAUUAUAUUGAACAAGCUCCAAUAUUGAAGACGGCAACAGCUUUGUACGAUUAUGAUAAACAAACAGAAGAAGAAUUAUCUUUCAAAGAAAAUGAAUUAUUUAAUAUCUAUGAUUUGAGUGAUCCAGAUUGGAUUUUGGUAGGAAAUUUAAGUCAAACAGAAUUUGGAUUUAUACCUUCAAACUAUAUCCAAUUGGACUCGACAAGAAGUCAAUCACAACCAACCCAGCAACAAACACAACCACCACAACAAAUUCCUAUUCCAUUAAGCAACUUAGCUCCACCACCUACACAUCCAACAAGAUCAGUUGAACCAGAACAACCACCAGAAACACCCGAAAAAGAUUUGCCUAGACAAUUGGAGCAACAAAGUCCACUUAGAAGACAAUAUCAGCAACCUGAGGAAGAUGAUGAAGAGGAAGCACCACCACCAAUGCCUUCGAGACCAGCUGAACCAGAAACUAACAUUGGAUCAAGUAGCAAUUAUGAACGAGAGCAAAAUUUACAAACAAAUGAUGAAGCAGAACAUUCAUAUGAUGGUGAAUUCUUCACUUGGAAAAUUGAUGAAGUAGAUGGAAGAAAGAAAAGACCUAUUAAAGUAUCAAUUGGCCAAGGACUUAUAAUUAUAAAACCAAAUACUCAAAAUCCCAAAAAAUUGAGAUUAAGAUCAGAUUCCAAAAUUGAUAAUCAAUGGAGAAUUCGAGAUUUAUUAAGUUUCAGCAAUGAAAAGAAACAUGUAUUUUUAGAAUUUAAAAACCCACCUGCUUCAUUGGAGUUGCAUACUGGUACCAAAGAUGUAGCUGAGGCUAUAAUGGCGAUAUUAGGUGAUUUGAAAGGUGCUGAAGAAGCAAAAGGAUUAAAAGAAGUACAACAAGCAUCACAAGCCAGUACAGGAGGAUCAAAUAGAAAGAUUGGUAGAUUGGUAUAUGAUUUCAAAGCACAAGGUGAUGAUGAAUUGAAUUGUAGAGAGGGAGAUGAAGUCUAUAUUGUUAAUGAAUCCAAAUCUACUGAUUGGUGGAUGGUUCAAAACGUUGAUACUGGGAAACAAGGUGUGGUUCCAUCGUCGUAUAUUGAAGUUAUUAGUACUUCAAACUUAGAUGAAUUAACUGAUGGACCUUUAAGAAGAAAAUCAACUAGAUCAAAAGGCAAAAUUGUCAAUGGUAGAGAUAAACGUCAUGCACGUCAUAGAAGUAGAGAUGAGAGAGAUAGAGUUAGAGAAAAAGACAGAGCUAGUAGAGAAAAACAAUCUCAUGAUGAGAAUGAUAAAGGUAUGCCAAACUUCCAUAGAGUUAGAACUUGGAUUGAUAGUUCCGGUAUUUUUAAAGUUGAAGCCGAAUUUUUGGGUUGUGUUGAAGGUAAAGUUCAUUUACAUAAAACAAAUGGUGUUAAAAUCGCAGUCGCAGCUGAAAAAUUAUCAAUUGAAGAUUUAGAGUAUGUUGAAAAAAUUACUGGUACUUCGUUGGAGAAUUAUAAACAGAUGGUUCAAAAACAAAUGGAGAAAAGAGCAAGAUCGAGAAGUAAAUCUGGUGCAACUGCUGCAGAGCCUGAACAUAAAAGACCACAAUCAGCUACUGCUGCUAUCAAUAAUAUUGAACCACCACAUCCAUCAAAAGCUCGUCCAACUACUCACACUUCAAAUAAUGGUGCUCCGGCUUAUGAUUGGUUUGAUUUUUUCUUGCAGUGUGGAGUCGAUGUUGGAAAUUGUCAACGUUAUACUUUAAAUUUUGAAAGGGAGCAAAUGGAUGAGAAUAUUUUAGAAGAUAUAUCUCCAUCUUUAUUAAGAACAUUGGGAUUGAGAGAAGGUGAUAUUAUUAGAGUCAUGAAAUUUUUGGAUAACAAAUAUGAUAGAAAGAAAUCAGUUGAACCGGAACAACCUCAGACUGGUAGUUUGUUUAUAGAUACCAAUGGAGCAUUGAAAAACAAUUCAAAUACAGAAUUAUCUAAAGUUUCAAAAGAUGCUUUACCAUCACCAAUUAAAAAUCAACAGCCUUCAAUCAAUACCACACCUUCUAAAUUUGAUGAUGAUGCGUGGGCAAUGAAACCAGCAGCAAGAUCAAAUGAAAAUUUAUUGAAACCAUCUCCACAACCACAAACUCCUCAAUACACUGGCUCAUUAUCUGAUUUAGUGAAUAUUAAACCAAUGGAAAAUAAACCAGAACCUCAAAAAACCAAUCAAACAGCUCCAUCUUUACAACCAUUACAACCAACAAAAACAGCGAAUUCAACUGCUCCACGUCAAGGAGGUGUUUUAUUACCAGCUCAACGUACAGGUGGAUUAGUUCCUGUUCAAAGAACCGGCGCGGGACUACAACCAGUUCAAACCGGCGGAUUUAUGCCAGCACAGCCAACUGGGUUUAUACCAAUUACUGCACAACCAACUGGAUUUGUACCAAUUCAGGCUACUGGUGGUAUUCAACCACAAAUUACAUUCGGAAUAAUUCCAUUACAAACGGGUCAACUUUUUAAUCCACAAAAAACUGGUGGAAAUGCACCGCCACCAACUACUUUUGGUCAAUCACAACAACAAUCACAACCAUUUCAACCAGGUUUUAUACCUUUACAAACCGGUGGUAUCACUAUGCCUCAAACUACUUUUGGUACUCAAAAUACUGGUGGCUUACCUCCUCAAACAUCAUUUGGUCAAAUACCAUCACAACAACCAACUGGUGGAUUUCCACCAACUUCAUUUAAUCAAGCUCCAUUAGUUCCUACUCAAAGAACUGGUGGUCAAAUUACUGGAGGUUUUGUACCGCAAUCUAAUUUUGGUAAACAAAUUACUGGUGGUUUUAUGAAUACAAAUACUGUUCCGUUUGGCCAACAACAACCACAGCAACAAAAUGGUGGAAUGAUGCCACAAACAUCAUUUGGUCAACAACAAGCAACUGGUGGUAUGUUCCCUCAGACUUCUUUUGGUCAACAACAACAACCAUCUGGAAUGUUUUCUCAACCAUCAUUUGGACAAGCGCCACAUCCACAACAACAACAACCGAACCUCUUCAAUCAAAAUACUGGAGGUUUACCACCUCAAACAUCAUUUGGACAACCUAAUAUAUUCCAACAAUCAACUUUCAAUCAACAACCUACAUUCAAUCAACAACCGCAAUUUAAUCAACAACAACAACAACCACAAAUGAAUCAAAUGACAAACAUGUUCUCAAACACAUCCAUAUCAUCACCAGCACAGUUCACUUCACAAAUGCCAACAACAAGUUUUGGUAAUAAUUCACAAUUUGAAGGAUUUAAUUCUCAACAAUUACAAUCUCAACCAACAGGUAUGGGAUUUGGUAAUGCUCCUUUACAAACUCAACAAACUGGUAGAAGAGCCAAUUUAGCAGCUGCCACUCCAGACAAUCCUUUUGGAUUUUAG